CGGGUCCCUGCAGCUGCCCGGACCUCCCCCUGCACGUCCUGGUCCCGCCGCCCGCCCCCGCUGCGGUCCCCUCGCCGGUCUCCAGCCCCUGGAAACCACAGAUCAUCUUUGGAUUCUUCCCCAGAAGCUUCAAGUAGGGAUAUGUCCUCAGCACCAACUACUCCUCCAUCAGUGGAUAAAGUAGACGGAUUUUCUCGGAAGUCCGUCAGGAAAGCCAGACAGAAGAGGUCGCAGAGUUCCUCACAGUUUAGGUCUCAAGGCAAGCCUAUAGAGUUAACUCCUCUGCCGCUGCUGAAAGACGUUCCAUCCUCAGAGCAGCCUGAACUGUUCCUAAAGAAACUUCAGCAGUGCUGUGUCAUUUUUGACUUCAUGGACACGCUAUCUGAUCUUAAAAUGAAAGAAUACAAGCGCUCCACUCUUAAUGAACUGGUGGACUACAUUACAAUAAGCAGAGGCUGUUUGACAGAGCAGACUUACCCUGAAGUAGUUAGAAUGGUAUCUUGCAAUAUAUUCAGAACUCUCCCUCCUAGUGACAGCAACGAAUUUGAUCCAGAAGAAGAUGAACCUACCCUUGAGGCGUCAUGGCCACACUUACAGCUUGUAUAUGAAUUUUUCAUCCGAUUUUUGGAAAGCCAAGAAUUCCAACCUAGCAUUGCCAAAAAAUAUAUAGAUCAGAAAUUUGUAUUACAGCUUUUGGAGCUAUUUGACAGUGAAGACCCUCGGGAACGGGACUACUUAAAAACAGUCUUACACAGAAUUUAUGGCAAGUUUCUUGGUCUUAGAGCGUUUAUCCGAAAACAGAUUAACAAUAUUUUUCUAAGGUUUGUUUAUGAAACAGAACACUUCAAUGGUGUAGCUGAACUGCUGGAAAUAUUAGGAAGUAUUAUCAAUGGCUUUGCUUUACCUCUUAAGGCGGAACACAAACAGUUCCUGGUGAAAGUGUUGAUCCCUUUACACACCGUCAGGAGCUUAUCACUCUUCCAUGCCCAGCUGGCGUAUUGUAUAGUACAGUUUCUGGAGAAAGAUCCUUCACUCACAGAACCAGUUAUUAGGGGUUUAAUGAAAUUUUGGCCUAAAACAUGUAGUCAAAAAGAGGUCAUGUUCCUUGGGGAGCUGGAAGAAAUAUUGGAUGUGAUUGAACCUUCACAAUUUGUUAAAAUUCAAGAACCUUUGUUUAAACAAAUUGCCAAGUGUGUAUCUAGCCCCCAUUUUCAGGUGGCAGAAAGGGCACUCUAUUAUUGGAAUAAUGAAUACAUCAUGAGUUUGAUAGAAGAAAACUCUAAUGUCAUCCUUCCCAUCAUGUUUUCCAGUCUUUAUAGGAUUUCGAAAGAGCAUUGGAAUCCGGCUAUCGUGGCGCUAGUGUACAACGUGCUGAAGGCAUUCAUGGAAAUGAACAGCACCAUGUUUGACGAGCUGACAGCCACAUACAAGUCAGAUCGUCAGCGUGAGAAAAAGAAAGAAAAGGAGCGUGAAGAAUUGUGGAAAAAAUUGGAGGAUCUGGAGUUAAAGAGAGGUCUUAGACGUGAUGGCAUAAUUCCAACUUAACAGAAAUAAUGAGAACAACAUUACUAACCUGUGGAGUCACACAUUAUGUAGUAGAAGAUGGAGCAACAGUUUUCUGUAUUGUGCAACUUUACAGUAGAUUUCACAUUUGUUUCAUUAUUACAACAGCACUGUAUAUACCUGUCUCUAAGUAAAGGAAAAAAAAUAAGGACUUCAAUCCAAAGUUUGGACAGUAGAUGGACUUCUCAGAACUUUGCAAACAUAAUCAUUGUUCUAACCCUCUUUUAAAAAAAGCGAUCAAAAGAGAUCUGUUGAUGAAAAUGCUGUGUUAAAAUUCCAUUACGGGGAGUUCCUUAUUUAUCCCUAGCAGAGAGUCUGUUACAAUUUUCAAAUGUGAACAAUCUUAAAUUUAGCUUGUCUUUCUGCUAAGCUGUUAAAUGUAUUUAUAGUAAAGGGAGAAAAAAAGACUGUCAUUUCCUUAUAAGUUUGUAUAACAUCCUCCUCUGGAUAACGUGACUGUAAUUUGACAUCUUUUCCUUUUGCACAUCUUCCUGAGUUGAAUGUUCAUGUGAAACGGGGCCAUGAAUUAUUAUAAAGGUCCCUGAUAAAAGUUUUGUUUACUGGGGUGAACAUCUUUCCAGUAACCAGGUAGGCCUGGUACUCCUUUAGUUUUAAAAUUAGGAGUAAAAACGGAAGGGAUGAUAAACGUAGUAGGGAAGGGAGAUUUGGAUUCAUACGUCAGUUUAUGGUGAAUCCAAAUCAAAGUCUUGAAUCCUUUGAAAGCAGACACUGGGACAUCACAGGCUUCAGUCCCUGACCAGUAUCAGUUGCAUACAUCAUUGGACACACACCAGAGAUGUUUUAGAAAUGUCAGAAAAACAUCCUUUUGGAUCAUUUGAAAUAGGAAAAACAAACACUUAAUAAUACAACCAUGAAAUUGAUCACCAGGAUUGUGAAUCUAAUUGGGAAAAGAAGAGCAAACAGCUUGGACUGUUUGGAGUUGUUGCCUUACUUUUUAAUAUGUAUUUAUAAAGUAUUCCAGCAAAAGAGGAUGUAGCCUCUGGGAAAAAACAAACCUGUUCAGUGUUUUUUGUAGAUUCUCGUUCAGUAUCUCAUCACAGCGCCAACCCUGUUUUUAGCCAGAAAGGAUUCAGGAUAACAUUAUUAUGCAUUCUAAAGUGGAUGCGUAUUCCUAACUACUGUAUUUGUUACCAAAAGUGGUUCUGAAAUGCUACUGAAAAAAAUCUGGAAAUUCCUAAUGUCCUGAGUAUUAAUAAUAAAGUUUAAAAAUGCUUUUAUAUCAAA